UUGUUUAUAAUUUACUGCCAUAAUUUACACCAGAUAAAUAAAACACACAGCUAACAGUCCAACAGCGAACCCGCGUCGCUAAAUUAAUGGCAAACAACACAUUGACAGUGACGAUAAUUUCUGAUUUUUGCUCUCAGCCCACCGACGAAGCAGGAAGACGGCACCGCAGAUAAACAUGAAGCAACCAGGAAGUGUUCCAGCAAUUUAACCGUUGCUACGAGUGAUGUCUGCUCUGACUCUGCUGGUCUCCACCCUGGGAAAAGCGACUGGGCUCCUCACUAUCCUGGUUCUUGUCAUUGCAGCUGUCCUCAGUUUUUUCGACGACCCGGUUCCGGCUAAAUACUCGAGCAUGGCCGAGGACAUGAAGACCUUGGAGGAGAACUUCAGGCAGCAGAACAGGAGCUGUUUUAUCCUGGGUGCCUCUGGGGAAACGGGCAAGGUGUUGCUUCAGGAGCUGCUGGAGCGAAACAUCUUCUCCAAGAUAACUCUGAUUGGAAGGAGGAAGCUCACCUUUGAGGGCAAAGCGUAUGAAAACGUGGCACAAGAGGUGGUUGACUUUGAGAAGCUUGAUGAGCAUGCUGCUGCCUUCCAGGGCCAUGACGUUGGAUACUGCUGUCUGGGAACAACCAGAGCGAAAGCAGGAGCUGAUGGAUUCGUCCGAGUCGAUCGUGACUACGUUCUAAAAUCAGCCGAGCUCGCCAAGGCAGGAGGCAGCUCACAGUUUCACCUGCAGUCGUCCAGAGGAGCCGAUAAAGGCAGCAGCUUUCUCUAUCUCCAAGUCAAGGGACAAGUGGAAGCAGAUAUCGAGGCAUUGGGUUUUGACAGAUACGCCAUUUACAGACCAGGGGUUUUGCUGGUGGACCGGCAGGAGAGUCGACCCGCCGAGUGGCUGACGAGGAAGUUCUUCGGCGUCUUUUCUUCCAAGACCAUGUCCGUCCCGGUUGAAGCGGUGGCAAAAGCAAUGGUGUCCAACACCGUGCUUCAGCCGGAGCAGAAGACGGAGAUCCUGGAGAACAAAGCCAUCGCCACCAUGGGAAAAAGUGAAAAGAAAUAAGAGAGCAGGAAAAUGUGUUAGAGGUCAUUCCAGCAGGUAUACAAAGAUGACUACAUACUGCAAUACCCAUCAUCAUCAUCAUCAUCAUCAUCAUCAUCAUCAUCAUAUCAAGUUUUUACAGUCCUGAAAUUUUUCCAUUAAUUUUGCAGUUGUCAGAAACCUAGAUGAUCUUUCUGUAAACCUGCUGACUUAUUUAUGAUGAAAACAGCAUGUGAUGCUAUCAAAUGUGUUUUCUCUUUGAACAUCAUUCAGGUUUGUUUUGCGUUCUGUUGUUUAUUUGUGAAUGUAUUCAUCAGGGAAGUAUCGCCAAGUCUUCACCAUUUGUGCUCUGACACACUGAAUCACUGCCUUAAUGUAAAUGCUUGUGUUUAUUGUACGCUAGAUAAUAAUACUGGAUGUUUUUAAACAUGCUUAUUAAAUUAUAUGACAUAUUUAA